GAAGGCCGGUCCCUGGCAGCACGUGCAACUAGGAGUGCCGGGAAUGUCUGCCCACCCACUGCUCUACAAUAAGAGCCUCUGGCAAAUGGGGAACCGCGUGGAUUUCAACGUGUACUAAGCCAUCUACGUUGUCGCUCACGCCUUGCCUUCCUCUGGUUAGGGUUAGGGAGACAGAGCUGGAAAUCAGACAGGUUUACCUGCCAGAAAUGCCCCGUCGGCUACCUGGUCCCAUCCUGGCCAAGAAGCAUGCUUCCCAAAGCUCGUGGUGUACCUUAGAGUGGGACCAUCGUGCUGCUUCUCUUCUCCGCCCUCCGCCUCUCGGCCACCUUGGGCACGGUCACCAGCUUUGCCCAUCAUGCCAACACCCCGGUGGUGAGAUUGGCCGGCGGCCGGCUGUGUUUCCUCAUGUUGUCUCCUCUCGUUUUGGGCUACGGCAGCGUCUCCUCCUACAUCGGGCUCCCCACCAAGCUCUUCCGUCUGAUGGGGCCUCGGUUUCACCGUCUGCCUCGCCUGCGCCACCGUCCGUUCCUUCCAGAUCCUCUGCGCUUUCAAGAUGGCGGCCUGGCUGCCCACCGCCUUCACCGCCUGGUCCAUGUCCAAAGGGCAUUGGGUCAGUAGUGGGUUCCACUUAACUUUGCUACUGGCUCUGCAUGUGCAGAGUGUCCGUGAUGACAUCCGGGCAGAGCCACCCACUGUCAGCGCUACCGGUUUGCCCGAACCGGGUAGAACUGGUAGAAACCCACUGCUGCAGUGGGUCUUCGUCACCACCGUUUCCGCCCUCAAGGUGGCCAUCGUGAUACUCCAUCUCAGUUACCGCUACCUGAAGCCCGUCAAGGCUGUCCUAAUCGGCAGCCCGGCAGAGCGUUUUCUGAUGUGUCACACCGACUACCUAUCUGCGGUUGUGGUCCACCACCACUUCGACAUGGUCCUCUCCUCCUUGUGCUUCUGCUUGGCCUACGCGGGGAAGACGUCGCCAAAGAGCUACAACGAAGCCAAGUUCAUCACCGUCAUCCUGGUUGGCUACUUCAGCUCCUGGGUGCUGCUUGUCCUGGUCACCACCGUCUCGAAAGGAUGGCGGUCGCCAUCUUUGAGAUGGUCGUCGUCGUCUCCAACCUAUUCAGCCUCUCCUUGUGGCCUGCCCCAGCUACGGACCCCAAAGAACGCAGCACACACAAAGUCUGUACAAACCUUAGUUUACUAAAUUAAAUGGGUUUUUUUUUUCCAAACAAAGGCUGUUAAUUAACUUUCUUAACAGCCUACAAGAAUCCAAAGAAUAAAUAAUCUUAAUCUUACCAUGGUUGGCAGAAAGCCCAGAAGCAAUUUGCAGAGAACUAAGAUCCAGGUAUGAAGGACAGUGAACUAAGUUGUUCCUUGCAAAUUGCUUCAGUCAGCGUUCCUCCUUAAAUAGGCUAAGGGAGUGGCCAAUUAGCCCCAAGCCUUACUCUCGAGGAGACCUCUUCCUGAGGAGCCACUCCUGCCUUUUGGCCGUUCUGCGCGCCCGUGCAUCAAGAAGAGGCUCCUUCUUUUUGUCCUCUUCACUUAAGGGAGCUUCUGGAGGUUCUGAAGGCCCUGGCUGAAUCCCCG